AUAGACAUGGACUAUGAAUACUUUUGUACGUUGCAUGAAAAUUUUCCAGAAGAAAAACCUCUUGCUACAACAUUUAAAGAAGUGUCUUCAAUUUUAAAAAAAUUACAUCCAAAACGAGCUCUUGACAGUAUGGGAAUUGUUAGCACUGAAGAAGAUCUAUUAGAUAUGAUAAGAGAAGUUGAUGAAGAUCAAUCUGGCUCAGUGUCAUUUGAUGAGUUUGUCUCUAUGGUGAAAAAUGCAGUUGAUAAGAAUAAAUCCUCUCGCGAAGAAUUAUUUCGAGCAUUUCAAGUUUUUGAUAUCGAUCAAAACGGAUUCAUUACACUAGAAGAAUUACGCACCACCCUUAUUGCAUUUGGUGAUCGACCGACAGAGGAAGACGCAGCCGAUAUGAUUUCUGAAGCAGAUUUGGAUGGGGAUGGACGAAUAAACUAUGAUGAAUUUGUUGUUCUAAUGCAAUCAAAUAUAGGUGGAAUUUCGAAGAAAGGAAAGA